AUGGCUAGUCAGAGUUCCCACGAGUCACACACAGCCCUGCUGGCCCCAUUAACUUAUGGGGAGCCCACAACAGGGGGCCCCUGUGAUUCCUCCUCAGAUCCAAAUGUUGAUUCAGGGGAGGCUUUGGAGAAACAGGGUGACCAACCCGAGAGCCCUGAUCCAGGCCUCCAUGACAAUCUUCCCCCACAGGGCCCAAAGCCAGAAAUGGCCAACAAGGAAGAGAACAGCGCCGUCCUCGGGCUGUCCUUCCCCAGGAAGCUCUGGAGGAUCGUGGAGGAUGCGGCCUUCACCUCUGUGCGCUGGAAUGAUGAGGGAGACAUGGUGGUCAUCGAGGCAGAUCUCUUCCAGACAGAGGUCCUCCAGCGCAGAGGUGUGGACCAGAUCUUCGAGACAGAAAGCAUCAAGAGCUUCAUCCGUGAACUGAACCUGUAUGGUUUCAGUAAAAUCCGCCCUUCGUGUCACUCUGCAGGGAAGAAGAUGAUGAUCUAUCGCAACUCCAAUUUUCAGAGGGACAAACCUCUCCUCCUGCAGAACAUCGCAAAGAGAAAGAAGCGAGUGAUGGCGACCAGACACUCUCCUCAACUCCAUCACAACCAGCAGUGUGGGGCAGGGAGUCACUUGCCACGAUCACUCCGUGGCCAAACUUGUCCCCGCCCUGCAGCAAGGCCUGGAUCUGGGUGGGGCUCAUCCCCAGCCUCUGCUCCAGCAGCUCCCACUAGGCUGCAUCCUCCCAGUCUGGGAAGCGGGGAGAGGCGGGGCCUCUGGGCGCAGUUCCACAUCUCUGGGCUGAAAGCCCAGGUUGGUUCCCCUUGUAGCCACCCUGGGGCUGCUAGCCCAGUGCCGAGCAGCAGUCUAUCUUCCAAGGGGCUCUCAAGAGUCUUCUCCAACACCACAGUUCAAAAGCAUCCAUUCACCAUGGAAACCCAAAGUUCAGCACCAAAUGUCAAGGCUGCAGUGAUGCCCAGUCUUCUUCUGUGCCCUCAUGCAAGACCUCCCCUAAUUGAUUCCUUUGGUUACAUCCACCUCAACAAUGCUCCACAGGUGAAUGGGGUACUUUGCAGCCAUCCCUGCAGGCUGAUGGCUGUAACUGUGGUCCCACACUUUGCAGUGUUCAGGGAUAAAGCCAAGGGACAUGAUGAGGAAACAAAUGCUUUUCGUUGUGUACACAGUCAGUUAGUGGUAGAAAUGGGGAUACCUCAGCCUUCUAUUACCAGCCAGUGCCCUUCCUGCCCCUGU